CCGCCUGAAUAACAGGCCAGUGGCAGCUAAUCUCACAGAAUAUGCAAAGCUGCCAUCAGCAGAGGCUGGAUGAAGACACACAGAGUGGUUGGAGCUAAGUGGAUGGCCACAGUAUUAUAUUCAUAUGCAGGUUAAUAAUAAAAUAAAAAUAUUAAUCAAAGAAUAGGUUUACUGGAUAACUACUUUGAUGCGACUGCCGGGGAGUUGAUUAUAACAUGGUUCAGUAACAACUGAGAAGGUGUGGGCAGAUGGAGGGCUGUUCAUGAUUCCGCCCGGGGAAAGAAACGCCGUGGAUCCAUUAAGUUCAUUUGAACGCUCAACAAUUUGUCGAAACAUCUGUCAAGAGCUUGAUAAUACCCGAGGAAAAAAGUGAAUAUUUCGGAAAAGGUUUUAACUGGAGUAAAUCUACCUGAGUCCCUUGCUGGUGCGGAACUGCUCUCUAUCAUCGGUCCAGUGAAGCCAUGGGACCGACCAGUGCUCCAAAAGGAUGUGAUUCCAGUAUCAGCUCCAUAUAUUACAACCUGUGUGACCUGACUACAGUGUGGGGGGUGGUGGUGGAGGCCUUUGCUGCUGCUGGUUUGGUGACUUCCUUUGUUCUGUUUGUCGUCCUCAUGGCCAGUUUACCAUUUGUGACGGACAAGAAGAGAAAGGGUAUGGUGGCCCUGCAGGCCGGGUUUCUUGUGUUUACUCUGGGACUCUUUGGGCUCACUUUUGCCUUCAUUGUGGGUCGGUACUCCACCAGCUGUGCUGCACGGAGGUUCCUCUUUGGAGUACUAUUCUCAGGUUGUCUAGCCUGCCUGAUCAUGCACGGGUUGUGGCUUGCCCUGCUGAAGCAGAGAGGCCGGGGGCCCAGGAGCUGGAUGUUAUGCCUGGGAGCCCUGGGUCUAUGGAUGGUCGAGGUGAUUAUCAACACUGAGUGGCUUAUCAUCACUGUGGUCAGAAGCCCACCCGUAGGUGUGAUCGUCCCUGACAUGUUGUGUAGCAUUGCUAACCAGGACUUUGUGAUGGCCCUGAUCUAUGUGAUGGUUCUGCUCAUAGCUGUGUUGCUGAUGGCUGGGCCUUCACUGACACACAAGCACAAGCACUGGCGCCGAGAUGGAGCCUUCAUCCUGGUCACAGGACUCUUCACCUUGGCCAUCUGGGUAGCUUGGAUUGUCUUGUACAUCCGUGGGAACAGGGUGGCAGGAAAUCCCAGCUGGGAUGAUCCUACACUGGCUGUAGCCUUGGUGUUGAAUGCCUGGGUGUUCCUCCUCCUCUACACCAUCCCAGGAAUCUGUGUACUAACUCAGAAGGACCCAGACCAGGAGCUGCCAUUUGAUGGAGAAGCUGUUUAUCCUGCCAGAAGUCUGGUUUAUGACAAUAUCCUUAAGGAGCCAGGGCCACUCCCCCUGAACAUAUACAUGGAAAAUAAAGCCUUCACUAUGGAUGAGCCUCCAAUAGUACCCUCAAAGCCAGUGUCUCCAUAUGGUGCUUUUAAUGGUCAGCUACGAAGUUGUGUGUACCAGCCAACUGAAAUAGCCCUGAUUGCCAAGGGUAUGACUAAGAUGGACCAAGAUGCCAUGAUGCCUCGAGCCCGAGCCCCCUCUUUAAAUCCAGGAUGUGGCACCUCCCAGCCUCGUUCCGCCGAAUCCACGCUGUCUUAAGGAUCGCAAAGCGCAGGAUGCUUGAGUUGAGGGCGUCGCCCACACAAUCUUUUGUUUCAAUCAGUUCAACGUCAAAGUUGCUUGCAUCAAAUUUAAUGUACCCCCUUUCUUUUCCUUGGCAAGAAACCUAAAACAUGAUGACCGUGGUGGUCAAUCUGCAGCAAUCACACUUUCCGUGCCCUAGCUUCUCCUACGCACCCACACACCUUGUUUUCUACCUUACUUCUUCUGUUUGUGCAAUGCUUGUCUGUUCUUUGUGCAAAAGGUGAUUCCUAAAUCAAAGAUGAGAAACACUGACAAUUGGAGAUGGACAUCUUAUAGAGGUUUUUGCAUACACAUCUACAAUCGUUUUCAUUUCAAGUGCCUACUAUUCACUUCCAUUUCUCACUUAAUGGCAACAAGUGACCCUAACUUCAUGUCAACUAAAGCCUGCUUUGAGCUUUACUCAAAAAGAAAACCAAGAGAAAGAGUGACAUGUAUCUCUAUGG